AGUUGCCCUGGGCGCCUACUGAAGCCACUGGGUGUGUGUGUGUCUGCGCGUGCUUGCGUGUGAGCGUGCGUGUGUGUGCGUGUGUGCACGCGCAUGUGGAAAGAUCGGGCGGGUGGUCAGUCAGUGAGAGGGGGGAGGGUUCGAGUAGGAGGGGAUGAAAGGGGCCAGGUGAGGAGGAGACGCAGCAGUAUCUCCCUUCUCUUCCACCCCUCCAUCCCUCCUUCAAAGCACAUCCAUCCACCAUCCACAUUGCCUGAAUGUCUCGCGCAUGCAUGGAGGUGUAUGUAUGACUAUGUUGGCUUUGCGCGCGCCUGAGUGUGUGUGCGUGCGUGUGUUUGAGAGAGUCACCGAAACAGGUCAGCGUUCUUCCAGCAGACUGUGAACCUGCGCAGGAGUGAGCAGCGCUUUCCCGACGGAGAUUUUCCCAGCUACAGAGUACAGUGGAGGGUCUCAGCGGCUCCAUCUUCAAGGGUGCGGGGGCUCCUGUGACCCGCUUGAGAUCUAGACUCAAUCGAGGAUCAACCUCCUGAGCUUCUCUGUGGCACGCUCCGGCGGUGGAGGAUGGGUGAUGGGCCCGUAAUACUCAACGGACUCUUUCCUCCACAUUCCACCCUCUCAUGGAGCACCUCGUCACACCGAGUCCCUCCCGGAAUGCUUCUCUCCUGCGACUCCCCCCGUUUCACCUCUCGCGACAAGCAAACGCUUCCAACGUGAGCCGGGACGGAAUAGACGUGAAUCAGUCCGUGGCUCUGUUUGCCAUGCUCAUCAUGGACGUCCUGACCGUGGUGGGGAACCUUGCCGUGAUGAUUGUCAUCAGCAAAACGCCGCAUCUGCGCAAGUUUGCCUUUGUGUUCCACCUGUGCUUGGUGGACCUGCUGGCGGCGCUGGUGUUGAUGCCUCUCGGGAUGGUGCCCGAUCGGGUGUUGGCCGACGAGGCCCUGUGCCGAAGUUACCUGUGUUUGAGCGUUUGCCUGGUGAGCGCGGCCAUCCUCACCAUCUGCGCCAUCAACGUGGAGCGCUACUAUUACAUUGUGCAUCCCAUGCGCCACGAGGUGAAGAUGACGGUCGGGGUGGUGGUGGCGGUGCUGGUGGGGGUCUGGAUUAAAGCCGUCGCCGUGUCAACGUUGCCUUUCCUGGGGUGGCUGCUUCAAGGUAACCGGGCGGCGGCGUGGAGUCCGCCGCUCAUCCCCGCUCGGACGCACUGCUCCCUCCACUGGGCGGGAGGCGGGACCACACGUCUGAUCUUCAUGGUCUUCUUCACGUUCAUCUAUUUCCUGUGUCCCGUGUUGAUUAUUCUGGUGGUGUACUGCAACAUGUUCAAGGUGGCCCGAGUGGCGGCCAUGCAUCACGGCCCGCUGCCUACUUGGAUGGAGGCGCCGCGGCAACGCUCGGAAUCUACCGGCAGCCGCUCUACCGUGGCCGCCAGCCUUGGUGGGACGGAUUCCCGCAACACUCCCCAAAGGACCUUUGGAGGUGGGAAGGCCGCGGCGGUUCUGGUAGCGGUGGGAGGCCAGUUCCUCUGCUGCUGGCUGCCGUACUUUUCUUUCCAUCUCUAUUCGGCCGUGGCGUCUUCCUCGCCCGCCUCCCUCGGCCAGCUGGAGGAUGUGGUCACGUGGAUCGGCUAUUUCUGCUUCACCUCCAACCCUUUCUUCUACGGCUGCCUCAAUCGGCAGAUUCGGGAGGAGCUCGGCCGCCACCUGGCUUGCCUUUUCAAGUGGGCCGGAUCCGGUCAGGGGGAGCAGCUGCCCAGCCGCGAGGCCUCCAUCGAGGAGAACUUCAUGCAGUUCCUUCAGGGCACGGCGUGCAAUUUGGAGCCGUGCAACUCGCACAGCCGUGCGAGUCAAGAGGAGACGGAACACGAAGGCCUUCGGGAAUCAUCUGCUCCGCACAACGUGCCAGCUGACUUCCACAUCCCAGGGCAGAUUCUUGAAGAAACCUCAGAGUUUGUACAACGUCAAAAACUCAACAAUCAACUGGGAAAUGCCAAAAACAAUACCGGCGAUGUAACCCCCUCGCCCAUCGUAUAUAAUAAUCGAGUUCAGGACUUCAUUUCAUGAAAA